AUGGCGUCGAGGCAACAAUUCAAGGAAGACAGAGCUGAAGCAGCCGCGAAGCUUGCUGCGAAAGACAUUGGAGAUAUCAACAGAGCAAAUGAACGUGAAGAGGGAUAUACACUGCACUCCGAUGCUCACUUCAAGCAAGCACGAGCUGAAGCAGCUGCAAAGCUUGCUGCUAAGGAUCUUGAAGACGUUAAUAGAGCAAGAGAGAGUGCAAUGCAAGAACAACGUGAGGAUGAACAGCAAAAACCCAGUGUGAUAGGGUCCAUGUUUAGAGCAGCCAAGGAAGCUGUGGUUGGCAAGCCUCAGGAGGGUGCGGAAGUGAGAGAUAGAUCGGUUGAAAACCCACCUGGGGUUUAUGAUUCUACCUGGGAAAAGACCAAGGAAACGAAGGAUGCAGCGAAACAAAAGGCUGAGGAGUAUGCAGAUUAUGCAUCUCAGAAAGCAAAAGAAACCAAGGACAAGACGAUGGACAAGGCUGGGGAGUACAAGGAUUAUGCUGCAGAUAAGGCUAAGGAAGCUAAAGAUGCUACAGUGCAAAAAGCUGGAGAGUACAAGGACUACACAGCUGAGAAGGCGAAAGAAGGAAAGGACAAUGCAGUUGGGAAGCUUGGGGAGCUGAAGGAUUCUGCUGCUGAUGCUGCCAAAAAGGCUAUGGGUCUCUUCACUGGCAGGAAAGAGGAAGCAAUGGAGAAGACGAAGGAAAAAGUGAGUGGAACAGAGGAAGUGAGGGACUACGGAGGUGGGCGCGGUAGAGAUAAGAUGGUGAUCGAAGUGGAAGAGUCUCGGCCAGGAGCGAUGGCGGAUACGCUGAAGGUAGCAGAGCAGGUUAUGAGCGAUGUGGGACGCUUCGAUGAUGAAGGAGUUGUUCAUGUGGAGCGUCGUCGGGAGAAAAUGUGA